GUAGUGGGCUCUAUCACUGCUUUGGCAGGUGAUGCUGUAGCUCACACGGGGCUUGACGAGCCUCCUUACUUAUCUGGCUUUAAUUAGAGAGGUGACCUGGUUUCAGCACCGCGGCGCGUCAACAGCUCCAGGGUACAGCGGAGAUUUGCCCAGCCCCUCCCCGCCUGGUACGUCUGACAGAACGGGUGCCCAAGGCGGAGCCUUGGCGGCGGUUUCAGCACCAGCAGCCGGAGCGGAGCUGUCCACACAUUCAGCACUUUAGUUUUUCCAGGGAACCACUCCCCAGACAAGACAACCAGGAGUUAACUUGCUCCUGGGAGCUCCGAGACAGCUUAUUUCAGAAUGGCGUCAAAAUACGUUGGCCUUUUCGUCCUCCUCUGUCUUCUUGCUCUGAAUGUACUGAGCCAGAUAUCUGCCUUCCCCACACCGACAGCCUCAACGGAUGACCAGACUGUGUACAAUAGACAGCUGACAGAAGAAAGGCCACUACAAGAGCAGAUUGCUGAGGCAGACAGCGUGAAGGCUGCAGUACAGUCAGCUGAAAUCAAACGUCCUGCUGCCUCCAAGGACACAGAGUCAGAGAGGGACAGUGAUGACUUUACCAUGCUCAAGUCUCUGGCUGACGGCCAGAAGUCAAAAGAGACCACUGAGGCAAAUGUGAAGAAGGAGGAUCAAUACAUUCCUGAUGAAUCAGACUCUACGAAGAAUCGACGUCUUGCUGAUGACUACGACUCCACCAAGAAUGGGAUGGACUAUGAUGACCCAGAAAGCUUCCGUCAAGUUGAUGGCACCCCUCUGACAGCUGAAGACAUUGUGCAGAAGAUUGCCAACAAAAUCUACGAGGAAGACGACAGAGGCGUGUUCGACAGGAUUGUUUCCAAACUGCUCAAACUGGGGCUGAUCACAGAAAAUCAGGCAGAUACUCUGGAGUACCAAGUGGCUGAGGCUCUCCAGGAUCUCAUCACCAAAAAUGCCAAGAAUAAUGAAAUUGAGGACAUUGAGAGCAAUGAUGAAAACAACAAGGAAGAGCAGGAUAACCAAGGUUCCGACACGGACAUAUGGGAGCCACCCAGGAGACGCUACAAUGAUGAAGAGGAUGAGGAAGAAGAUAGUGAUGAUGAUGUGAUUGAGGAUGAGGUGGACAGAGAUGCAGAUGAAGAUGUGGAUAACACCUGGGACAAAAAUGGAGAGGAGGGGAAUGAGGUGAGCCCUGAAGAUGGGCUCCAGGACCUGCAAUACUUCCCAAACUUCUACCGUCUGCUCAAAAGCCUCAAUUCAGAUCAAGACACUCAAGAGAGGGAGACACUGAUCACCAUCAUGAAGACGCUGAUUGAUUUUGUGAAGAUGAUGGUGAAAUAUGGCACCAUCACACCUGAGGAAGGAGUGUCAUAUCUGGAGAACCUGGAUGCUAUGAUUGCCAUGCAGACCAAGAACAAGCUGGGCAAGUCCCUCGGCACCCCUGAUGUCAUUGGACCUUACGGGAAAAACUUGGAUGAGGACGACAACACCAAAGCUGAGGCCGCCAAGAUGCAGAAGGAAUAUGAGAACCUGAAAGAUUCGACCAAAGAGGAGCAGCCAUCAUCCGAGACCAAUCAGCCUGGCAAGUCAGAGACAUAUCUGGAGGCCAUCAGGAAGAAUAUCGAAUGGCUAAAGAAACACAACAAAGAAGACGGCAAAGAUGAUUAUGACCUUUCCAAGCUGAAGGAUUUCAUGGACCAGCAGGUUGACUCGUACAUCCAGAAGGGCAUCAUCGCCAAAGAUGAAGGCGACACCAUCAAGAGGAUCUACAGCAGCUUGUAAUAAGAUGACCCACCCUCUGGCCUAAAAACACAGGACUUAAUCUUAGGAUCUCCCACAAAGCCAUGACUACUUAAUUAUCAUUUCCUAUAGUAUGGCAAAUUACUUGCAGUGUACUCAAAAUUUACUACAUAGGGGAACCAGUUUACCCUUCCAGACAUUCCCAAAAGAGGUAAGGUUUAACAAUAUUGUUGACAAAAUUUUAGUCAUUCCUUAAAUAUUUCCUGACCCAGCUGAUAAAAUUUGCACGUUAAAGUCAAAGAGUUAUAAUUACUAAAGUAUUAUAGUGAAGUAUAACACUACUUGAUCAUCACACAUGAUGUAAUUAUUUAGUCCAACUUGACUCCAGUGGGAAAUGAAUGUUAUGGGAGUAUGAUGCUAGCUUUGUUAUAAGCUCUCUUUUCAAUACAUUUUUGCAACAAAUACACUUUUGUCAAAUUAUACUCAUUAUAUGUAACCUGUCUUAGCUUAUUAUAUAUUUUGCCCAGUGUGUAUGUAAGAUCUUAAUGUACUCUUGCUUUUUACUUUACCAAAAAAUAUAUUUAUGAUGUAUCCUGUCUGUACUCCUUGUACUCUAUUCUGUCCUGCUGUAAUACAUCUUGAGCCCACUAGGGGGCGAUGUCUGACUCACCAACUUUGCAAGUCUCUACUGUUAAACAUUUCCAUCUCUGUAGAGGCAAAAUAUGAAGUAUUUUUAACUGUAAAUAUUUGUGACUUUUUCCUAAAGUUAUAAGAGACAUUAAAGCAUUGACUUUU